AUGAUAAGGGAUUCUGAAGGACGGCUUUUAGAGAAAGUUGAUUCUAUUGAUCAAUCGAAUGAUCUUCGUAUGACUUCUCAGCAUCAGGAUUUCUUGCAUGAAGUGAAAGACUUGAAACUCGUUACCAAGGAAAGACAUGUGUUGUUUGUUCAAGAAGUAAAGAAAGUUCGAGAAGAUGUCAAUUUACAAAUACGCGAACUUCAUGAAGAUAUGCAGAAGGAAUUUCAAGUUGUCCAACAAGAUUAUGCUUCCAUGAAUCAAAAGAUUGACAUUAUCUAUGAUGCAGUUACCAGAUUUGCCAAACUCUUCAAAAGGGUGCAAGGGGGAGAAACGAAACUGGAUUUUAUGAAGGGUGGGGAACAUUCGAAGGUGGAGGUAAAGAAAAUUUCUGCUGCAAAACCAAUUGUUGUUUCAGCUGGUCCAGUUUCUUCUACGGUGGUCACAACUGCUCCAUUAACCAAGCCAAUACUAAAGGGUGUUGUAAUUAGCGAAGCAGGUGGGAGUGCUUCAAAGACGAAGACUGUAGUGACUAAGACAGCUUCAAAAGAUAAAGGGAAAGGAAUUUUGAUUGAGAAAACGAAAGAAGAAAAGAAAGCAGAGGUAGAAGCUGAAGUAGAAAAAAUGAGACAUCUACAAAGUAUUAUGACUCUUCGUGCUUAA